ACACACACAUUCACCCUCCCACCUCCAGCCCUUCCUUCAAGAGAAACUCCUUUUCUCCUUCCAGCAAGGUUCUGGGUGGCUGAGAGAAGGAGGAAGAUUAAACAUUAGACUACUGCUAAAAAUAAUUAAUCCAACAGCAUGAGAAUCCGACAAUCCUAAGAAGGAGUUUUCUUAUCCACAUUCACACACCAAUAAAACAAAUUCCGAAGAAGAGGAAAUUAAGAAGGAUUUAUCAGAAGCUUAUUACAAAAAAAUUGUAUUAGUGACAGAACAUAAUAUUUGGGGAAUUUCUGAGAAGCCCCAUAUAGUGUAAAGGAUAGAUCAGGCUAAGUGGAAGAAGUGAGUGUUGCUUAACGUGUUAGACACAUGACAUGCCUCCAGAGACACGUAUGUUAAUCAGCUGCACUUAUAUAAUGAAGCAGCGAUAACUUCUGACAGCUCUUGAAUGGGAAAAUCUACAACAAACCUACUCGUUGGAUUUACAAGGAAUUACAAGAAGACGAAACAUGGAUUUUUUUUUUACAUUGUAUAAAAGAAUUACUGAGCAGCGUUGAUUUGAGAUAAUCCAGCUUGUGUGGAAUCCUGCUUUAUAUGUGACAAGUAGGGGACACGAUGGGCAGUAAGUGGCUGUUGUGAUGCUGGGCAGUUCCUUCCAGAUGUUACAGCCUCUCUAGAGGUGUCCAAGUGACCUUUGCAAUAGCUGACUUGACUGUCCCAAUGGAAGAUACAGACGUAUCCACGGUCAACCCAUCUUUAUGGCUUUGUGCUUGCAACAGUAGAUUUGAUAUAAGGACAGGAGACCCCAAUAUUUACUAACAGUCUGGAUUGUCCGGGCUAAAGAGUCUCAAUGCCUUGACUGUUCUUAAGAUGAAGGUAUGGAAGAGGACAGCUCCUGCCUUGAUGUUCCUCUGUGCUGUGUUGUCCCUACUAGUUUGCACAGAAGUCUUCUCUCGGAACUGGAAAUUCAGUUCAACCUCCUCUCGGUCAGUAGUCAGUUCGUCACCAAAGAGACAACGAAGAUUCCCACGAGCCACCGAACGCAAACCACCCAUGAUAUCCCAAUACACUGCCCUUUUCGAAAGCUACACUCAAGGAGAGAUCAGAGAGCUAGUUUCUACUCUUGUAGAAAGGUACAGCCAGUCCAUACACUCUGGGGACGACCCAAAAAAUGGAGCCAGAAUGAAGAGAGCCCGUGUACGCAAACAGCCAUGCACCAUAAAGGAACUCGAAGUGAGAGUCAGCGAGCUGGGUCUGGGAUACAUAUCAGACGAAACAGUUCUGUUCCGCUAUUGCAGCGGUACAUGCGAAGCUGCCGUACGCAACUACGACCUCUCUUUACAGAGCAUACGAGGCAAAAAGAAAAUCAAAAAAGAGAAAGUGAGAGCGAGGCCUUGCUGCAGGCCUCUAGCGUACGAUGAUGAUAUCUCUUUCCUGGACUCCAAAAACCAUUACCAUACAAUCAAAGAGGUCUCAGCUAAGGACUGUGGCUGUGUCUGACAAUUGCCAGGAAAUUAACCCCAUAAAGAGGAACGGUUGUUUUCCUUCAGAGUAAACAUGUCCUCUCUCUACUGUUACACUUCAUCCUGUGGAAACAGGAAUUCACAAGCUUGUUCAUUUCUACCUCACGUAAUUGUUUAAAAGGAGAUUGGACUCUAUUGGAGCAUAGAAAGUGGUUUGAAGAGAAUUCAAAAACUUUAUAGAACUGAGGAAAUGGAGGCUCUCUACCACCUGCAAGUACUAUUCUCCCAUUGGCCUUCCAUGAAGGAAUAGACAUUUUUAGACUACUAGCAGGGAAAUAUGACUGAGAAGAUGCAGAGAAAUACAGUUUUUCUACAUAAUUGUGUUGCAUGUGCAUUGCGCUACCGAUCUAUGACCGUAAACAGAUACGUAGUACAGGGAAAAUGUUUAUCGACCCUUCUUCUACAUUCAAAGGCCAGGCACUUAUUGGGUUUUUUCUUUAAGCAAAAGAAGUUUUGCUAAAUAAAUCAUGUACAUUUUUGUCACUUUUCAUCCAAACGGAAGUGGGGACCUUUCCGCACUACAAUAAGCGGUCACUGAUUAUCUGUGCCAAAAUGAAAGCUCUCUCGCCUUCAACUUGGGAUGACUAAGACUUGUUACAUAUGUGUAUUUUCUCAUACAACUGCAAUUAGCCUAAAUACAUAAAGACCACAGAUUAUCAGCAUUAUUUAAUUAUAUACAUGUACAGUUUGCCUGUAAAUGUCAAUGAAUGCCUAUAAGUAUAGGUUGAUGUUAUUCCCAUAUUGGUAAUAUCUAUAAGUAUUAUAAAGACCUUUGACAAACAUUCAGCGUCUUGUUAUGAAAUGGCAGAAAUAUGACCCAUUAUUUUAUCUUUACAUAAAGGCAUGGUGAAAUGAUGUGUAUUUGCAUAACAUUUAGUAAGAGAGAUAUUCAACAAUAAACAUGUUGCUUUUUCCAUUAAAAAAGUGACAAUUAAUGGGAAACAUCUGGGGAUAAACAUGGAGCAACCACUUUGGCCUAUAGAUGCUUCCCCAAUAACUAAUGACUGGACUAAAUAGAUAAAAUUAAUACAAUCACUAAAUAUUAUUCAACUUUACAUAGAUAAAAUUAGUUUCAUUUACAGUUGGACCCAAAUGUACGCAUUGCUGUAUUGCACAUGUGUCCUGUAUUUGAGAAUAUCUAACACUUGCUGCCCUUUAUCCCUUUAUGUCUAGAGAGGAGGAAAAUGGGCUGGCAACCUCACAUUGAGGACAGUAAGGGGUGCACAUGUAAGUGUAGCACGUUACCUGAAUGUGCAAUCUAAUCGGAUACGCUUUUUUGUAUGUACUAGAGGUCUAUGGUAAGUAUUCAAUACGUUAUUCGUUAACAUUGUGUCUAUAUUUUAUCACAUUGCAGCCAUCUAAUUACAUCUUAUAUGGAAAUGGGUUUUUCACAUUCAUUAAUAAAACUGGCAAGGCAAUUUACUUUCUCGUUAUUAUGACACAUUUAUAUUUUAUUGUGUAUGAUUAGGACUUUUUUGCAUUUAGAACUAUCAUUGCCAACCUUAUCUCUGUAUUAUUGUUUAAUGUAAGAAUAUGACAUAGAAAGACAGUUGGAUAUACCUCAAAAUACAUGUGACUAAAAACAUAACUACAGUAAGAAUGCAAUUUGCAGCAGAAUUUUUCUGUAUACAUUCAUGUUGUAAUAAUGUGUUGGGUUCUCAAUAAGGCCCUAGAUGUAUUGUUUAUCCCAGAUAAGGUUGGCUUCUGACUUUCACUAAAAAAAAAACCUAAAGUAAGAAUUAUGGGGCCAGAUGUAAUGCCGCCUGAGCUUGGUGGCUGUGCGGGAUGCCGGACGAACUCAGAGGUUUUUUUUUUUAAA